GAGUUGGAAACAGACUAGAUCGAAUGGAGGCUCACGCCGGCCGUUGACCUUCCAUUUCAUGAUGCAUAUAUAGUUUGUAUACAUGCUACUCUGUCUCAAGCAUUUGACCUUUAUCCCGUUCUUAAUCUCCUACCCCUGCAAUGAGGGAAGGCAAGCCUGAUCCGGCCAUCGCCGUCUUCCUCAUCGCCCUCUUCGUUGCGUCGGCGGUGCCCCUGAUCAACGGAGCCGACGGGGAAGAGCCCGUAACGCAGCUGUCGAACGGCUUCACCGCGACGCACUUGGCCGACGCGCCGGGGCGGUUCGAGCCGGUGCUGUACUCGCACAACGGCGUCUUCGCCUUCGGCUUCCUCCGCGUCGGCUCGGCGUCCCUGGACCUCGCCGUCGUCCACCUGCCUUCGUCCUUCCCACUCUGGCGUGCCACGCCGGACCGUGUCGCCGACUGGUCGCGGCCGGCUACGCUCUCCUUCGACAGCCGCCUGGUCCUCACCGUCCCCAGGGUCGGCGAGCUCUGGAGCACCCUCAACGUCGUCGGCGAUACGGUCGCGCUCCUCAACUCGUCCGACCUCGUCAUCCGGCUCUUCAACGGGCGCGGUACGCCUUGGCGUAGCUUUGAAAACCCAUCGGACACGCUCGUCCUAGGCCAGAACUUCACCAUGUCCUCGCCGCCGCUCAUCUCCAAGAACCGCCGCUUCUCUCUGCGGUUCGCCAAGACGUACAUGGCGCUGUACAUGGAGUUCUACGGUGGAAGCAAGAGGCCGAUGUACUGGCAGUACACGGCUCGCGAGGCCCAGCCGGAGAACGCAACGCAGCCGCCGGUGUACGGACGCCUGGACAGCCGCGGCUUCUUCGGGUUCUACCUCCUGGGUGGCGACCAGAGCGUCGACAUGCUUGCGUUCGACACAUUCGUCCGGAACCUCACCGGCGCCUUUCGGCGGAUGACCCUGGACGACGACGGCAACCUCCGCGCAUACUACUGGACAGAGGGCUCCAAAGCUUGGACCUCCGACUACAAGGCCAUUUCCGGGCCGUGCGAGCUGCCGACCUCGUGCGGCGCUUACGGCCUGUGCGUGCCCGGAGGAGCGCCCAGGUGCCAGUGUCUCAUCAACAGCACCGCACCGAUCGCCCCGCAAUGCCGCGCCGAGGAGUCCACCGACCUCUGCGGGGGCGGCGGGGGGCAGCUGUUCGACGUUGUGCGGCGGAACCGGGUGUCACUGGCGUACAAGGAGCAGCUGCCGUUCGAGACGUACAAGACGGCGGCGGAGUGCGAGCAGUCGUGCGCGGCCAGCUGCAGCUGCUGGGGCGCGGUGUACAACGGCGGGAGCGGGUACUGCUACCUCGUCGACUUUCCCGUGGAGACGGUGGUGUACGAGGCCGACGACCGGAAGGUGGGCUAUUUCAAGAUCAGGAAGGCGCGACAGCAUAGCGCAGCGGGGCGGGGCAUGUCGCCAGGCGUGACAGCCGCGGUGGUGGUUGCGUCGCUGGUCCUGGCGAGCCUGGCCGUGGCCGGGGCGUACGUCGGGUGGCAGCGGUGGCUGCGGCAACGGCGGGCUGGCGGUGUGGGGAUGGAGCAGGAGCUGACGCCGGGCCAUUACAGGGACCUCAAGUCCAUGGACAGCCCAAACAAUUCCUUCAAGACGUGAUCGGUGCGACUGUAUUGAAGCUGAACCCAUCGCCCGGACGUUGCGCGCUCGAUCGAUCGGUACCAUGCCCAUGCCAUACGGAUUGCUGAGCUGCAGAGCUUGGAGAAAGAGGAUUGAUGGCUGCAGCCAGCUCUGCUCCAUUCAGAAUUACAUAGGUUUCAGAAACUUAUUUUUUUUUACGUAAGGGAUCGUAGUGACGUAGUCCAUCCAUCGUGUAGGCUUUUUCGUUCCCAUUCUUUUCACCAUCUCUGUAUCUGAAGUUCUGAACAUGUAUGCUCAAUCGUGUAUAAGUAUCCAGUGGAGAUUUCAACAUCAUGCAUUGCCAAGAAAAGAGCAAACGAUAAUCUUGAUGCAAGAUAUCCUUUUAUAUUUAAUGUUAUAAUUGAAAGUAUGAACCUAAUUAAGGGAA